CACAAACACAAUCCGAACACACAUCUCGAACAGUCUAGUCCUGCCCUGUCUCGACACAGCUCUCAAGAUGAAGAUGAUCAUCGUCGCAAUGUUGGUGGCCGUCGCCUUGGCCGACAAACCUCUGGAAGACGCCCCAGUGCCAGUGCCCGUGGCCAUCCUGAGAAGUGCCCAGGUCAACCCCGACGAGAACGGCGCCCACAGCUCCGACUUCGAGUCCGAGAACGGCAUUAAGUUCGAGUUCUCCGGAUCUGAAGGCGCAGAAGGAGGUGCCAACAUGAUCGGCUCUUGGAGCUACCCCCUGGAAGACGGCUCCGUGGCUUCAGUCUCCUUCGUCGCCAACGAAAACGGAUUCCAGCCCCAGUCCUCGUUGUUGCCAGUGGCUCCUGAAUUCCCCCACCCCAUCCCCCAGUUCGUCCUCGACCAGAUCGAGUUCGCCAGACUCGAGGACGAGCGCAGGGCUCAAGAGGAGACCGCAGAGUGAAAGACUGAACUCGACCUGACUUUGAUCUUAUUCUUCUUCAAGUGCAAAUUUAUUUAUUGAAACGAUUUAUAUUUAUUAGGAAAUAAACGACCUAUUGAUGCGA